CCAGAAACAUUUUUGGUCUGUUUCAGACAUUUCUCUAUUAUUAAUUAUAUUAUUAUUAUUACUACUAUUUAAAUAAUUAAAUACAUAGGGAACUUUUUUUCUGAAAACCAGGGGAGGGAGAGAGCGGUUGGAGAUUCUGUUCUCCCUGUAAAUUGGGAGAGACCCCAGGGAAGCCUGGAAUGGAGGGGGAUAUAUUUAAAAUUAUUAUUUUACUAGUAGUGUCUGUGAGACUGCAGUUUUCUUUUUAGAAAAAUGUUCAUUUUCUCAGCAAGAAAAUCAGUAGCACAAAUGAUUCAGGGGCUACCAGAAUUGAUUUCUUAUAUAUUAUUAUCAGAUCAGAUUAUGUUCUGCACACAUGUUUGGCUCAGUGCUUGUCAUCUGUACCAGUUUAGGGGCAGGAACGGUGAUUGAGAAUAGUGUUAAUGCGUUGAUUUGGAUACCUGUGUCUUCUAGAGUUGGGGUGGGUUAGGAUCCCUGCCGUAGAAAUCUUUCACCCCCUGGCACUCUAGUGGCUGCCUGUCUUUCAACAUGAAGUUGUAUCAGACAGGAAACAACCUCUAAGGAUCUGUCUCCAGUGUUUCUCAAAUGCGGCCACCAUGGCUGCAUAUGGCCACCAGGGGCUUUUCUUGUGGCCACAGCCUCCUGGGCUGUGACUGGGGGAGGGGGCAAGGGAAACCAGUGCCCCCUCCCCAUCCCUGGUGCUCCUGGAUAGACAGCCUUGGUUGCUGAGGCUUCCAGAAAGAGUUAGGCAGCUGGAGAGUUCCCCACCUUCCCAGGGGCGGUGGGGCUCAGGAUUUGGGCUUCAGCCCAGGCAUGGCAGGGAAGGCAGGCUCUGGCCGCAAGGCUUUGCGCUCCUGCCACGGGGCUUUAGGCUCCACCCCUCCGCUGCCUCCCCCGGCCAACAUCCCUCCCUCCCCACAUCGCCCCUGGCCCCUGCUGCCUCCUCCGACCCAACAGCCAGGGCUUAAUUUGUCCCCAGACUUCUUGGGGCUGAGUAAGUCUGCUGUGACAAGUGAUACUUGUAUGUUUGUUAAUGCCACUUGUCACAGCAGACUUGCUAGCUAGCAAUAAAUAAAUUACAAUGAUAUGUAUAUGUGCAUAUGUAUUUGUUUUUCCUAAUGCUAAUUAAGUAUUUUAGGGAAAAGCACGAGAGCAGCAAGAGUUGGGGGCCACACUCUGAGGCCACCAAAUAAAUUGUCCUGAGAACCCCUUGCACUGUAGGUGUGAGGUGUGAUUGCAGGUAGUGUAGACAUACCCAAGCAAGCUUUAAUCUAGCUAGCGCAAGUACCAAUAGCAGUGAAGGCGCGGCAGCAUGGACUUCAGCAUGGACUAGCGGCCCAAGUAAUACCCAGGAUCGUGGGCAGAUUUGUACAGCUUGUGCUGAAGUACAUCCUGCCACAACUUCACUGCCAUUGGUACUCACCAUUGCUAGAUUAAAGCUAGCUCAGGGAUAGCUACACAUGCUGCAAUCACAUCGCUGGCUUCAGUGUACACAUAUUUGUAGCUCCUUUGCAAAACUGCUUUAGCUAGGCAGGCAGUGGGGCCACUGUAUUGGGAUUCAGGAGACCUGGUUCUAUUCCCAGCUCUGCUGCUAUGUGAACUUGGGCAAGUCAUUUCAUUCUGUGCCUCAGUUUACCUAUCUGUAAAAUGGGGAUAAUAAUACUUUGCAAAGUGAUUUGAGAUCAACUAUGAAAAGUGCUUUAUAAAGAGCUAGGCAUUAUCAUUAGAUUGUUUCCCUUUUCCCUUAAGCUAAGUACAGGACACCAGUAGCACAGUAAUGAUCACACAAUGCUCACAGCCUGAAAAGAGAACAUAGAAAUGUAGGGCUGGAAGGGAUCUCAAGAGGUGACCAAGUCCAAUCCCCCACACUGAGUCAGUACCAAGUAAACCUAGACUAUCCCUGAAAGGUAUUUGUCCAGCCUGUUCUUAAAAACCUCCAGUGAUAGGGAUUCCACCACCUCCCUUGGAAGCCUAUUACAGGACUUAACUAGCCUUAUAAUUAGAAAUAUUUUCCUAAUAUCUACCCUCAAUCACCGUUGCUGCAGAAUAAGUCCAUUAGGUCUUGUCCUACCUCCAGUGGACCUGGAAAAUAAUCAAUUACCAUCCUCUUUAUUACAUAGGGUGACCAGAUGACAAAGGUGAAAUAUCGGGACUCGGGGGGAGGGAGGGACGGCAGAGCAAAAAAAAAGCCGCUGGAGCCCCGCCCCCCCCCCCCCCCACCCGCCCGCCCGCAGCAGCUCGCCUCGUCUCCACUUCUCCCCGUAGGGGAAGGUGCCCAGCUGGUGCAAUCCUACCCACUCAGACAGCAGCAUUUCAGGCAGGCGGCAGCUCUGCCCUGCAGCACAGAGCACCCCGGGAUUAGGAAGGCCAUGGAGAGAAAUGCUAUAACCUUUCCUCCAGCACUGGACCCUACACGCCACUUCCAAACGCUGCUGCUGAAUCAGAGAAGCAGGCUGCAUGGCCAGAUCAGGAAGCUUCGUGAGAUUGCACGAAACAUCAACAAGCUGCGCAGGCGAUCCUUGAUUGCAAACAUCACUGGGAGUUCCCUGAGUGCAGUAGGAGCAAUCACAGCCAUCGUAGGGCUCUCCUUGAGCCCCGCCACUUUAGGAGCAUCUCUCCUGGCUUCUGCUGUGGGCCUGGGCGUAGCCUCUGCCGGAGGGGCUGUCAAUGUCACUUCCGAUCUCUCCUUAGUGCUCUCUAACUCCAGGGAACUGAGAAGGGUGCAGGAGAUCGCAGUGAACUGUCAGAACCAGAUGAGGGAAAUCCUGAGCUGCCUAGAAUUCCUCCAUCGUGGACAGGGCCCAAUGGACCCCCUGUUGCUCCAGUCAGAGAAAAACGCUUCCAUCUCGCUGUACAAUUCCAUCUGCUUCAUGGUAUUCUACGGUUCGCGCAACUUUCUUGUGCCAGAGUACACGAGGGAGGUCACAAAGGUGAGCCAAGCUGUGCUAAAGGCGAAAAUCCAGAAACUGGCUGAAAACCUUGAGUCCUGCAUCAGAGCAAUGGAUGAAGUCUGUGAACUCUUAGAAUCCAGAGCAGAACUUUCCUCCAACACAAGAAACCCCAGCUCAAGUGCCAGGAUCACUGUCAAACCCCAGGGAUCAUCCAGCUGAAACAGCCAGAACUAAAAGUGUGGUUAGAGAUGCUGGAUUAUUCACUAUUUUUAUUACUGUUGUUAUUUUUACAAGUAUUUGUGGCACCCAUCCCCACAGCUGAGAACAAGUUACAAGGUUCUGAUUUAAAUAUGUCAGCAAACAUGUCCCCAAAAGGGAGCUGAUGAUUUUACCUCCCUGCAGCAUUGAACUAAAAUUUAAGGUCACGAUGGAGAUCUAGUCUGUAGGGUAAAUGACAGGAAUGACUCCAGAGCCUACAUUUAGUGGAAGACCAGUAGGGUAAAUGCUGGAUUAAAGGCUAAUCUGCCCAAAUUUCCUUGGCUCCUAUCUGGUGCUGCUCCAUGAUGGCAGAGAGGAAUGGUUCUGGAGUUAGAUCAAAAGACUCCUUGCCUGGUCUUGCUCCCUGGUUGUAAAUAACCUGUGAAUUCUUCUUCUCAUAGAGAUAAAGGGAGUGAGAUCUAUUGAUAUAUCUAGCACCCACAAAUUUCCUACUAAAGUAGCCAGAGAUGUGACAAACUAUGUCCACUAGAUGGCAGUACAGCACACAUAAUAUCUCAGCAGGGGCUAUGCACCAACAAGUAUUCUAUCCCUUUUAAAGAGAUAUUUUCUUUGCCACAUGCUGUGGGACAAAGUGGAAAUGGUGAUAUAUUUUUUCCUAUUUAUUUGUAUAGAGUUAUUUUAAGCUUUUAGAAUUGUAUUUAAAGAAGAAAAAAUGUUUAAGAAUGUUAAAAAGAAUAGCUUCCAACCCAGAGGGAAGCAUUCCGCAGGGCAAAGCAAGUCAGUGCUAGUAUCUGAUGGAAAGUCUCCUAUUGACUCACCAGCCAGCGCAACACCCUAUCAAAAAGGAAGAGAAUUGUCUGAAUUCAAAUAGGCACAAAACAUGUAGAUUGCAGGAAACCAAGUACAGCUCUCAGGAUGGGAGGGGGAAAAAAUGGAAGGGGGGAACAAAUCCCCAAAGAGGAGGACUCGCCUCUUGAAAUAUGUAGAGGAGAGUGACAGUUCCUCAUGCAAAAAGGACGUUUCAGUUGUAAGAUGUGGCAGGGGAUUCGAUAGGUAGUGAUGUCAAUAGUUAGGUGUCUUGGGGUAUCAGUGUGAAGGUGGCAGGUCUCAUGAGACAGCAAUACACUGUUAGCAACUGCUGUGGAGGAGUCUGCGGUUGGAAUAUAUAUUGGUACUCAUGAAAAAGAGUGAUGGAGAAGAGAUGGUUGGUCCAGUGGUUAGGGCACUAGCCUAGCACUUAGACCCUGCUCUGCCCCAGACUUCUUGUGUGACUUUGGGCAAGUCACUUGGCCCCUCUGUGCCUCCUUUCCCCAUCUGUAAAAUGGGGACAAUAGCACUUCCUUAUCCCCCAGGGGUAUUGUGAACUCAAUACUUUGCAUAUUGUGAAGCGCUUACAUACUGUGGUGGAGGGGGCCAUAUAGGUAUCUAAGAUAGGUGUAGGAGAGAGGACUUGGAAGCUAGCUUUAGAUUAGUAGGAAAAAGGCUUAGGUCUAGGUACAUUUUCAGUCCCACAUGCAGAACGAGCUAUACACGAGGAACUUCAGAAUCUCAGUGCAGGGAUGAAAAAAAUGACUUAAAGAGGAGGAUUUAAAUGUAUGAAGCACUGAGGAAACUCUUGAGGGGGGAAAAAGCCAAGCCAGAGUAGCACAGUUUGAAGUUUUGUCCUUGUUUUAUGCCCCUCCCAUGUUCUUGGAACAUGUGGUUUUAUGUACUUUAAAAAACCACAAGCAGUUGUCGCUGAGAGCAUCUCACAUCCGAGAAUGAUCGCCACACAUGACUAACGACUCUGAUGCGACGCUGAUUCAAUGAAAGGAAUAUGAAGCUAUUUUGUGUCAGUGUAUAUGUAUUUCUGUAUGUGUGUGAUCUCUGAUAUUCUACCACAUCCAUACCCCAGUGCUGGGUCCCUGCUGCCUUUCUGGCUACCAGACACUGUAAAUAAAGACCCAGUGCUAGCA